GUCGGGUUAGCCGGCGCGAGGUAGUCUCCGUGAGUGGAGCGGCGGGUGUGCGCGGGGUCGGUAGCGCGCGCUGUGUGCUGUAUCUUUAGUUUGCGGGAGUGAUUCAGUGUGCCGGUGAUUCUGGGGGAUGCGGUGCUGAGGGAGACGCCCUGAGCGCGCGGUAGAGCGGCGGCGCGAGCGGCUGUGCCCCCGGGGGUCGCAGAGUCGCAGGGUUAUCAGGGUCUGUAGCCGAGCUGCUGCUGGUGAUGAUGGAGGCGGUCAUGGAGCGCGAGUGCAGCGCGCUGGGGGGACUGUUCCAGACCGUCAUCACUGACAUGAAGGGCAGUUAUCCGGUGUGGGAGGAUUUCAUCAGUAAGGCUGGGAAACUGCAGGCCCAGCUCAGGACCACAGUUGUGGCGUUGGCUGCAUUCCUUGAUGCCUUUCAGAAAGUUGCAGACUUGGCCACAGGCAGCAGAGGUGGUACACGGGACAUUGGCUCUGCACUGACCAGGAUGUGUAUGAGACAUCGCAGCAUAGAGGCCAAACUCAGACAGUUCUCCAUGGUUUUUGUGGACUCUCUGAUUAAUCCACUACAAGAGCAGAUGGAGGAGUGGAAGCGAGUCGCCAACACUAUGGAUAAGGACCAUGCCAAAGAAUACAAACGAGCACGCCAAGAGAUCAAGAAGAAAUCUUCAGACACUCUCAAACUCCAAAAGAAAGCCAAGAAAGGGCGUGGUGAUCUGCAGCCGCAGGUGGACAGUGCUCUGCAGGGAGUGAGUGAUAAAUACGCCUCGCUGCAGGAGACGGAGAGACAGGCGGUCAGGAAGGCUCUGAUAGAGGAGAGAGGACGAUUCUGCACUUUCGUCACCAUGCUCAGACCAGCUAUAGAAGAAGAGGUGUGCAUGCUGGGUGAAGUCACUCACCUGCAGUCGAUCUCUGAUGAUCUUAGGUCACUGACUAUGGACCCCCACAAACUGCCUUCUUCAAGUGAGCAGGUGAUCGCUGAUCUGAAGGGCUCAGAGUGCAGUUGGUCCUAUCAGACCCCGCCAUCUUCUCCCAGCACCACGUCCAGGAAGUCCAGCAUGUGUAGCAGUAGUCUGAACAGUGUGAACAGCAGUGAUUCUCGCUCGAGCAGCAGCCACUCCCACUCUCCUACCUCACACUUCCGUUACAGAGGCUCCGCACUCCCCCAGCAAGGCUCCACCCGCCUCCCCAGCGUUUCCUCCCACGACUCCGGCUUCACCUCUCAGGACACCUGUCAGUCUAAGAGCCCCUCCCCCAUGCCUCCAGACUUCAACACACAGUACCCUGGCUCCACCUGCCCUGACGAAUCCUCUCAGCCAAUCACAGACAGCUGCACACCCACAUUACCUGACCCCAACACCAACACUGGAGACAAGUUGUUAAACGGGUGCGAGUCGAUCAGCCCGUGUUCAGUGGACUCCUCCCCCCAGCCUCCUCCUUCUCCCUCAUUACCCUCUCAUAUCCCUCUGUGGGCGUGGUCUCGACGUGGCCCCGCCCACUUGCUGGCGGGCUGUGGGCCGUGUUUUCCACUUGGCUCCACCAAUUUCCCCCUCUCCCACAGAGUGCCCAGCUGGAAGGACUGGGCCCGGCCGGGUCCGUAUGACCAGCCGAUGGUGAACACUCUGCGCAGGAUAAAGGAGAGAGAGAGGGGGAAGGAGGGCUGUGAGUCCAGCAGCUCCAGAGACGAAGCUCAGAAAACCAGCCCUAAUAACCAACACUGCAAAACCAGGGAUGAUGCUCAUGAGGAGCUGGCGGUGUGUCUGUCCCGUGGUCUGUCGCUGGACAUCCCCCGCAGCAGAGACUCUGUCCAAGGAUCCAGCGGCUACAGCACUCAGACCAACACACCAUGCUGCAGCGAAGACACUCACGUAUUUGAUUAUGACCACUUGCCAACUAUUGGAGAUCAGGACGCAGAGCAGCAGGACUGCGACGGGACCUCCUCCGUUCCACGGAACACAGAAACCAGCCAAUCGUAUCGCCGCAUGUUACCAGCCAAGCGUUCCCCCUACACACAUGGACUGCCCUCCCCCUGCGGCUCCAUAAUGCCGACGCCUGGCAUCGCCACCAUCCGCCGAGCUCCCACCUCCAAACCCAACCUGUGGCGCGGCUCCAGCAUCCAGGGCCCGAUCCCCAUCAGAACCCCAGUCAUCCCAGUUAAAACCCCCACUGUCCCAGAGCUACCGACCACCGUCACAGACAGCGAAAACCCACAAAGCCCCACUUCUCCCAGCACUGAGAACAGCAGCAACGCUUCACCCUCCGCCUCCCAGGAAACGCCCACCAGCCAAUCAGACACUCUGCCAGAGGAGGAGGAAGAGGAGGAGCUGGAGCUGCAGGGAGACGACAUGCUGCUGGCCAUUCGUCGCGGGGUGAGACUCAAAAAGGCCAUGACCAAUGACAGGUCCGGCCCACUGUUUGAGUAAAAGAGGGCGGGGCCAUCUCUGCUCUCACCUGUAGCAGAAAUGAUGGGUUUAGUAAUACUGUUAACAUGUCAGGUGUAGGAUGGGUACAGUAGUGUGGAAUGGCAUCAUGGUGUGUUCAGAUAGUCUUUGUGAACUUGGGUACAUUUUAACUAUCAGAUAUUUUGCCUUGUUUAGGAGCUCACUUAACCUGAGACUAUAUUUAAAUAUGAAAUAUUAAAAUAUGAAAUAUGACUGGGAGUUUUAGUAACACAGGAAAAAAUCCUACCCUUUAACUAAAAGGGUCAAUCAGCUUGUUGCUUACAAGUCAGCUAAGGGGGAAAGCUCUCUCCCUCAAUGUGGAGAUCUGCGCAAGUGCAGUAGCCAUUUCAAGCAGAAAAAAAUAUGUUUUUAGUGCAUUAUAGGCUCCAAAUGCUAAAAAAAAAUACGUUUUUUAAUCAUAUUUUAUCAUUGAUUUCAAAUAUGUUGUUGAAAUGGAAAUUAGACCUUUUUUCUUUCUCUAUUCAUACAGAUAGAAGGAGGCAUUGCCAAGAUGGCCACUGAGUCAACUAAUUUGCGGAUAAAUGUUCUGUGUUGCAACAAUCAGUGUAGACUAUCAAACUAGUCUGCACAGCUUUAUACAGGAGUUUCAGAUUAGUUCUCCAGCAUCUGGGCUGCAGUAGCAUUAGCAUUAGCCAAUAACCGCUAUUUCCCUGUGCACCUUAUAAUCUGGCUCGCCUUAUAGUGGAAAGCUACAGUAUUAUAACCCAUCAAUUAGCUUUGUUGGCCAUGCGACUGUAUUUUCCCAAGCGAAUCAACAUUUAUUUUUGCUAGUCAUGUCAUGUCUAAAAUCUAAUUUUUCCCAUUUUCUCCCCAAUAUACACGGCCAAUUACCCAACACACUCAUUAGGACUCCUCCUAUCACUAGUAAUGCCCCAACACACCAGGAGGGUGAAGACUAACACAUGCUUCCUCUGAUACAUGUGAAGUCAGACACAGCUUCUUUUCGAGCGGCUGCUGAUGAAGCAUUACCAGCGCGCUUGGAGGAAAGCGCAGCGUCACGAUUCCGAUACAUCAGCUCACAGACGCCCUGUGCUGCAGACAUCACCCUAGGAGUGAUGUGGGGAGAGUGUGCCAUUUACCCACUCGGAGGGAGCACGGCCAAUUUUGCACUUUGCAAAACUGAAAAAGUCCCCUGAUAUGUACCAUGGUAAACAGAAACAGUGGCAGGGAUACUGGGAAAAUAGUCCAAAAUAACAAAAGGGACAUUUUGUAAACUUGGCAAAAUUUCUUUGAGAUUGCAUUGUGCAUUGUAGAACCAUGUUAGCAGUUGACAAUCUCUCACCAAGAGGUACACUACCCAAAUGUAUGUCUUUGUCAACUAAAAAGCUUGUAAUUUGUUUCAAUCUUCUGGGAUGGACCAAUCACCUUGCUCACUGCAAAAUUCACAUCAUUUUCUGAUAAUCUUCUGGGUUUAGCACUUUUUUAAUUCCAGCUUGCCCGAGUUCACAAAGACGCUCUGAAUGCACCAUUGUUUUAAAUAGUAACAAACUAUAGCAGACACAUACAGUAUAGCCUGGAGAUGAGUUAUUAAUGUUACAGUAAUGUUACUCCACAGGACUGGAGUAACUGAUCCGUUGUAUAUGUAUUUAUUACCUUUGGUUUGACGUGAAUCUAUUUUAUUGUUGAUGCUGUUGAUGAAGUCUUUUCUCUACUACCAGCCCAUCCUUCUAUAGGUGCCAAAACUCUGUGCCUGAGUGUCUUUCCUUUAUCAUUUUAUCUGCCUGAUAUCAGGAAUUGCAGAAGAGCAAUCAUGGCUGACCCGGGAUGAAGUGAGACGGGGUCAGGUAGAUGUGCAUAUUGUACAGUAGGGCUGCAACUUUUAGUCAGCUUAAUCAACAAUAUUAAAUAUAAAAAUUGUGGUUAAUGUGUGAUGGAGUGAGACAGAGAGAGCGCACGCGAGAGAAAAAAAAGACACACAGACAUAGUGAGAGAGUGACAAACCCUGAGCAUCCUGAUUGGCCUCUCCUCAUGCUUAGUUGGCCAAUGAAGUUUCAGUGUGGGUGGGACUUAUUGCAGUGCAAUAAACUACAACGCAUUUAACUCCACAAUACUCUACAGUCAGUCUUUACUAGUUCUGUACAGAUUAACCCUUUAAAAUACAAUAAAUAAAUUGUCCUGUAUAAAGGCUACAGGUGUAGGUGAUGCAAAACCCUUUUUCUGUGCAGUAAAAUAACUUUUUUACAUUCUGAUAAUUAGAGUUUGAAAUCUCCUCCAGGACACUUGGAGAAGCCGCCUGUUUUCUCUCUACUCCACUUAAUAAUUCCAGAUCAGUAACAGGAAUCAACACAAAUUCUGCAGGUUUGAAAAUAGAUGUAAAAACUAGACAAACAUAACAAAACUAAAGCAUGAACUGUUUGGAAAAUAUAGAUUUUAAAAUUUGAUUUGAUUGAUUUUAAAAAAGUUCAGAAAACAGCCAAUUUUAUGAUUUUAUUCAUUAUAUUUUGACAUUAGCACAUUUACUUAAAUAUUUUUAUUAUUUUCUAUUAUAAUUGCAAUCAUGCUUUUCCGUAAUGUUUCUUAUGAAACAUGAAGGCUUUUUAUGCAAUGCUUGAAUAGAAAUCCUCAAGAUUUAAUGGUGUAAUGUCAGGCAGACAAUUGACAAAAAUCCUGCCCUGUUAAGGGGUUAAACACCUGGCUUCUAUAUUAACUGUAUUACCCGUGGUGAGUUAAAUUACUGCAGAGAGCUGCUAAGAUGUGUUUAAACAGGCUUCACUCCUUCAUUAACAUUAUUAACAUUACUAACAUUAGUAAAAUUAAUGUUAGCUGGAUAAGUGUUAGGGAGAUACUGUAUUGUACUGUAAAAUUAAGUUAUAUGUAAUAGUAACUACAAACUUUAAUUUUCUUAGACAAACAAUAAUUUCAGGGAGGUUUCUCUUUGGAAAACAAGUAUCCUAGAGUAUAAGUAUCCUAGAAUCUCCUGAAAAUAACAUCCAGCCUGUGUAAAUGUUUCCUAUAAUAUAAUUUGACAUUUUUAGUUUAAUAUAGGUACGUCAAACUAUCAAAAUGUACUGCAAAAUUCUAAAUAUUUAACUCUCCUCAUCAGUAGGAAGUACAAAUGGAGGGAAUGACCAAAAAUAAACGUGACUAAUCGAAUAAUCAAACAAAUAAUCGGCAGAUUAGUCGACUACUAAAUUGGUCAUUAGUUGCAGCCCUAUUGUACAUUAGAUUAAGGGUUUAGCCUGGACUUGACAGUGGAGUUUGAAGGCCUGUGUUGUUGCUUUAAGUCUUUAUUGUAAAGAUGUGAAAAGAUGCUUUCAAAGAACAGGACCUGUAAGUGCAGUGCAAAGCAUAAAAGGAAAAAUCUGUGGUUGAAGUACAGUACCAGUCAAAAGUUUAGACACCCCUUCUCAUUCAGUGGGUUCACUUUUAUUAGAUUAGACCUUAUGGAGGUCCUAUGAAAACCUAUAAAGGAACACAUUUGGAAAACUGUGAAUGGGUUUCCACAAUCACCUGACCUGGAAAGAUGCGUCCAAACUUCAUACUGGCACUAUUUUAUUUUAUUUUCCUCAUUUUUAGGGUCAACUCCAAGCAAUGUUGGGCACACAGAGUGUGUGUGAUCACAGUGGUCUCUCUCAUUGCCUUUCCUAUCCAAUGCAUUACUGUUUUUGUACUCUAAUAGGCCUUCAGAAGUGGCUGGCUAAUAACUCAAGAAUUAAUAAUGGCAGCCUAGACCUGUAGAUGCAGGUCAGUGGACCAGUCUUUGAAAUGUACUCAACAUACAGUAGACUGUUUUGAGCUUGAUGUCCCUACUACACUCUUACAGCUUUCCUUGGACAGAUGCUAUAAAAGAACCGUUUCUUUUAGAAAGAAUCAUGGGCCUUAUUUAGAAGCAGCUUACUAAGCAAAUCCCACCUACCGUGCCACUAACCAAACUGUGGAAAGACAAAAAGAGGUAGUCUCGCUCUGGAUCAAAUGAAUCAUGGUCUGGUUCGUCUGCAGAAUAAAGCUAAAAUAGUUACUCUACACGACUUUAAUCCUCAAAACAUUCUAAAAACAGUGGUGUAGAGAAAUAUAUCCAGUCUGGUAAUAAUAUGCUGGUGCCGAGUUCUGCUGGAAAAUGAAAUCCACAUUUGUAAAGCUUAUCAGCACAGUGAAGCAUGGAUAAGGCCCAAUCCCAAUCCCACUUGGCCCUACCACUUACACCUUCCCUUUAAACAGAGUUUGGACAACCCUUCAAGCACCCGAUACGUCAUCAGGAGCGCUAAAGUUCAGUAAUCUUGCUGCUGCUGCUAAUUAACCAGUUAACUUUAGAUUGUGUUUUAUCGUAUGUCUUCAGAAAGGGGAGAGAUGGUGCAGAAAAAUAAUUAUUAUUGUCCAUUCCUUAAUUCCUCUGUGAUCGGGAGCAGACAUUAGCUUUGAUUAGCUUUUUUAUUAUUUUAGUUUUCCAUUCCGCCUUAAAUGCUGGAGCCCCUGCAGUCUAAUGCACUAUUUAAGGUGGAACAGGAAAGUUA